GUGCGCCUUGCGUUAUUUCUUGGGGUCGCUUUCUCGGGACAGCGACUUGGUCAGCAUCAGUGUUCUCGGGGUUUCGACAGCGUAUAGUGUGUUUGAAACGCUAAGUGCCUUUUUCCAGUUUUCUUCCCUCCUAAGCGAACAACAAAAACACAAACACCAUGGACGCCAUCAAGAAGAAGAUGCAAGCGAUGAAGCUUGAGAAGGAUAAUGCCAUCGACAAGGCAGAUACCUGCGAGAAUCAAGCUAAGGAUGCCAACUCCCGCGCCGACAAACUCAAUGAGGAGGUGCGCGAUUUGGAGAAGAAAUUCGUUCAGGUUGAGGUCGAUUUGGUCACCGCCAAGGAGCAGCUGGAGAAGGCCAACACCGAAUUGGAAGAGAAGGAGAAACUGUUGACCUCCACGGAGUCCGAGGUUGCCACCUUGAACCGUAAGGUCCAACAGAUUGAGGAGGAUUUGGAGAAAUCUGAGGAGCGCUCAACCACCGCACAACAGAAGCUGUUGGAGGCCACACAAUCGGCCGAUGAGAACAACCGUAUGUGCAAAGUAUUGGAGAACCGUUCCCAGCAGGAUGAGGAGCGUAUGGAUCAGUUGACCAACCAAUUGAAGGAAGCCCGUAUGUUGGCUGAGGAUGCUGAUACCAAGUCCGAUGAAGUGUCCCGCAAGCUGGCCUUCGUUGAAGACGAGCUCGAAGUUGCUGAGGAUCGUGUCCGCUCCGGUGAAUCCAAGAUCAUGGAGCUGGAGGAAGAAUUGAAGGUUGUCGGUAACUCCCUGAAAUCUCUGGAAGUGUCCGAGGAGAAGGCCAACCAGCGCGUUGAGGAAUUCAAGCGCGAGAUGAAGACCUUGUCCGUCAAAUUGAAGGAAGCCGAACAGCGCGCCGAACACGCCGAGAAGCAAGUGAAGCGCCUGCAGAAGGAAGUCGACAGGCUAGAAGACGAGCUGGGCAUCAACAAGGACAGAUACAAGUCUCUUGCCGACGAGAUGGACUCCACAUUCGCCGAAUUGGCUGGCUAUUAAGCGUGGCACUGAGCGGAGCCUCUGGAACGAUGGACGAAGAGAAGAUCAGAAGAAGAAGAACUCAAUUAAAUGUAAACGAAUAUCAUCUCAAGAUCAUUUUGCAAAUCUAAAAAACAAUACCAAGAACAACAUCCAUUGUGUAUAUCUUUAAACAAAAAUCUAUUUCUAAAUAAAUAAAUAACACCAACAACUAGA